AUGCUCUCGGAAAUGAAUUGGGUUCAUUCUCAAAUCUGCCAUAGCAGUGAUGCUAUCAACAACCCCACUAGUAUUUCCACAUCUUCUUGUUCUUCUUCUGCACCAUUGCCUUACAAUUCGGAGUAUAAGAAACAACUGGCCCCUCCUCUAGCUUCUUCGUCUGGCAAUAGAAUAAGCCCUGCAAUUGUUUUCAUCUUUGUCAUUCUAGCUAUUGUGUUUUUCAUCUCUGGUCUCCUUCACUUGCUUGUUAGAUUUCUCAUAAGGCACAGGUCCUCUUCAUCAAUUUCCCAGUCCAAUAGGUACCCGGACAUGUCUGAAUCUGAUCCUUACCAGAGGCAGUUACAACAGCUCUUUCAUCUCCAUGAUUCAGGCCUAGAUCAGGCCUUCAUAGAUGCUCUCCCGGUUUUCCUCUACAAAGACAUAAUAGGUUUGAAGGAGCCUUUUGAUUGUGCAGUUUGCCUUUGCCAGUUCUCAGAACAAGACAUGCUGAGGCUGCUGCCCCUUUGCAACCAUGCUUUUCACAUUGAUUGCAUAGACACAUGGCUGCUCUCAAAUUCAACUUGUCCUCUCUGCAGAGGGAGUCUUUAUGAGUCAGGCUUUGCCUUUGAAAACCCAGUUUAUGACUUUGACGGUCUGAGGGAGGAAGAUGGGGUUUCGGGCAGUGUUGCUGGAGAGGCUGGUUCCUUUAAUAAACAUGCAGAAAAUCACAUAAUGAGUGGGAAAAGGGUGUUUUCUGUGAGGCUUGGGAAGUUUAGAAGCUCAAAUAAUGGAGAGGGGGUGGAAAGAGGAGGAGGAGGAGGAGGGGAGAGCAGUACAAGUAAUUUGGAUGUUAGGAGAUGCUAUUCAAUGGGGUCCUUCCAGUAUGUGGUUGCUGAUUCAGAUUUGCAAGUGGCUUUGUGCUCCAAUAGAGGUGAUGUAGGAGGUGCCAGUGGAGGCAGUAUGAGACAAUUCAAAGGUAAAUUGGCCCAGUAUGGGAAUUCUUCCACUGAUGGGGAUGUUGAGGGCAAAAAAAUUAGCAUUGCAAGGAAAGGGGAAAGCUUUUCUGUUUCCAAGAUCUGGCAAUGGUCUAAGAAGGAUAAAGUGUCAACUUCAUCACAAAACCAUUUGGGUGGUUCUUAUGUCACUGCAUCUUUGCCAUGGAUGAAUAGAACUCAAGGUACAUGA